GGAGGAUCCCUCCCCCUCCGCCGGGGAGAAGGUCCCGUGGCGGGCGUUCCGCCCCGGCUGCGGAUGCCUGAAGCCCUCCCUCACCGACCCGAAGCAUUGAUCAGGAACCGCUGGCUCUCUGGCUCCCGCGGGUUGUUCAUGUCUGCUGUGAUUCCAACUUCACCAUAUGAAUCCAGGAGGGACCAGCGCAGACGAAGCUUUUGACUAUCUCUUUAAAAUCGUGCUUAUUGGAGAUUCCAAUAUUGGCAAGACCUGUGUGGUUCACCGUUUCAAAUCUGGAGUCUUUAUUGAGAAACAGCAGAAUACUAUUGGAGUGGACUUCAUUGUUAAAACAAUGGACAUUGAAGGCAAGAAAGUGAAGGUGCAGGUGUGGGACACGGCAGGCCAGGAGCGUUUCCGAACCAUCACACAGAGUUACUAUAGGAGUGCGCAUGGGGCCAUGAUCGCCUACGACAUCACCAAGCAGUCCUCCUUCAACUCAGUGCCGCACUGGAUCAACGAGAUCCAGCGAUAUGGAGCAGCCAACGUUGUCCAGCUGUUGAUCGGAAACAAAGCAGAUCUGGGCGAGAGGCGUGAGGUUCCUUUCGAGGAGGCCUGCAACGUGGCUGAAAAGUUUGGUCUGUUGGCUGUGCUGGAGACGUCGGCCAAAGAGGCGCAGAAUGUUGAUGAGGCCUUUCUGCUGCUGACCAGAGAGCUGAUGGCGAGGAACGGGCUACACUUGUCCAGUGAAAGCAGUCGAAGUUCACUCCACUUGGAUUCCCGGCCGGUCGGAGUUAGCGCACCCCGUGAGAAAAGUUCCUGCUCCUGUUGAGCACCCUCACCUGCAGUUAGCUGAGUCCGAAUCAUCCCGUAAUACAAUUGGAGCCCACGGAUCUAAUCCUGCAACAUAUUAACCUCGAGGGAUUCAUUUGUUCUUCUGGAACAGUUUGCAAGGGACUUCAGACAUUGUGGAGAUGCACACUAAACUGGUGCUGUGCAAAGCCGUGACAACUGGUAUUUGUUCCCUUUCUUGAAGACAGAGUUUCUAGGUAAAACAUUUGUCACCAGCACCUGAGGUUUGCUGAAAGUCGCCCAGUGAAGGUGGAAUAUGGGUGACAGCUGCCCGUGUGCAGGUGUCCUUUCGUUCUGCGAAAUCUAUCACUCUAAGAUUGCUACUGUGGGGAGGAUUGCACAUGUAGGGUCCCUGAUGUUUUCUUGGGCAGGUCUAGGCUCAUCGUGCACCUCCUGCCUUGAGUCAGAAGGUUGUGGAUUCAAGGACUACCCCUGGAAACUUCUGCUUGUAAUUCAGGCCAGCACUCCCAGCGCUCCACGGCUGAAGGCGUAUCCUUUGGAUAGAAACCUAAAUUAUGUUCUCGGCUGAAUAUUCGUUGGAAUAGAGCAGGAAUUGUGCUUUGCCCGGUGCUUACUCCUCAAACAGAAACUGCGGGAGUCUCCUGCACUCACGAUUGUACUACCCGUCAGUGAAGCAUUCCUUCAGCAUUGCACACAUUAUGUUCAAAUCUCCAGAGUAGGACUUGAAUUCACGACCUUACGUUGAGGUGAGAUGUUACCAUUCCUCCACGGAGGCUUGAUUCCCCUCCAGUUUAGCACAUUCUGAGGUGACACGUAGUAUUCAUAGACUUGCGCAAGGGUGUGAUGGUUUGGAUCUUCUUGCCCUUUCCACCUGGCCUCCUGCUCCCUACAAGGAGAGACCUUUAGCCUUCCUGGGUGCCUCUGCACCUGCUAGAGCAGUCCUAGGAUGGGGAUUCCUUUGAGAUGCCUUUUUCCCCUCAAGGAACUCGGAAGAUCUCUGUGAAGAGUUCUUGGGAGAAUACUAAUUGCUGGUUGUUAUGGAGUUUGGAGUAGAAUGUUUGUUCUGGGGAUUGUGGUCAAGCAGGUGGACAACUUGCCCACCUCUCAGUGCUGUGUGGACACGCUCAGAGCAUCAAUUAACUCAGGAGAGGAUGUUGGUGCUGGAUGCUGAUCCCGCUAGUGGACUGGGGGAAUUUCCCAUUGAUUGAGGCAGCUGAUCGGAAGUUAUUGAUAUCCAUGACCCUGUACUCCUUUAGCAGACACUGCCUGAUCUACUGAAUGUUCUCUGUUUGUGUUUCCGUUUUCCUGCAUCUGCAAAUGGUUGAUGUCAUUAGCAUUGAGUGCCCUCAGUGACAGGCUGCUCCUGAGGGGUUUGCUGAAUAAAUGAGAAGAGUUGCAGCGUGAUACUGCUCUCCUGCUCCCAGCACUGGCUCGAUUCCUUUCCGUACGUCCACAACUUGUAUAUCAGUCCCAAUGAGGCUGCUUAGAUGCAUAUUCUCCUUUUCAAAUCCACUCUAUAGCUCAGGGACUAGGAGGCUCCACAGUAUCUCCAAGCCUUCUGCAGCUUCUCUGCCUUCAAUUUUUUUUCUUCUAGAAACUAAUCCCAGUGUAUUGUUUGGAUUUCUGAUAGCUUUAUUAACUUACACUGCGACUUCUCAUUAUUUACAUUUGUACUCCUUGAUCUCCUCCAAUCCUUCUACUAAUUAACUUAAAUUGAUAGACUUUGGACUUGGCAGAAGUCAAUAUCCAAUGAUCCAGUCCAGACCGCAAAUAGUCUUCAUACUAUUUAAACUUUCCUCCGUUUCCUUUAAUCCAAAUAAAACAAUGGCAAUGUGGUAACCAGAACUUUAAACUGUAGCUAUGACCUAAAUACCUGUUUAUACAAUUCUAAUGCUCUUUACUUAGAUAAAUUAUGAGCAAAAAGGCAUUUGGAAUGUGUAUCUACCUAUCCUGUAACCUUCACGGGUUUAUGGACAUUCAGUCCAAGUUCUCUAUAGUUCAAUAUAACAUAACAUCUAAAAUAAGAUAGAAAGCAAUGUUUCGUGGUAAUGGAGCUAGAUACAAUAGAGGUUACAGAUAAAGUACAUGAUUACUGUUUAUCCUGUUCUUUAUGUAAUGUAAGAUAACAUUAAAAAUGGACAAAAGGAGAAAGAGGGUGGGAGAAUAGAUGUAUUGAUCAGCGAUAAUAAAAUUAGAAAUGAAAUGAAAUUAAUUGAAAAGAAAGAAUUGCCAUUCAAAUUAUUGAGAUAAGAAAGGAUUAUGGCUGAGGAGAAUAUUCUACAGAUCAGAAAACAGAAGAGAGGGGUGGAACAAAACACUUGGCGAUGAUUAUCUGAAAUGUGAUCUUAUGCAGGGUUCAGAACCUGUACCCGGCUGGAAGCCCAACAAGAGUUUCUUUGUCAUACACGUCGGGAAAGCACGAGAUCCUUUUCCAGUCCCUUGUUUUUCACGUGUUUCAGAAUGGUCAAUCAUAAAGAGAAAGGUUCUAGACUGCUGGAAGGCUUCAGUUAAUUUGCUAGGUAAAAAUCAAAUUAGCAAAUGGAUUCUGGUGAGGAAUGCAAGCUGCUGGAAAAUAUCAAUAAAUUUGUUCAGUGAAUGUGAAAUUGGCAGAUGGAUUCUGGUGAGGAGUGGUCCAGGACAAUGCAUCUAAGGAGGGCAAAGAAGGAAACAAAAUAAUUAAUAAAUAAUCAGAUCUGAAGUAUAAAGGAAAAGUAGUUCCUAGAGUGUGACAUUUCCUUGUAAGACUUCCUCUCACCUUCCCCUCAUCAUUCAGCUACGCGAACUUCCCUUUCAAAGUACCUUUUCCUUCAGCCAAAAAAUCAAAGUCUAAGUCAGGUUUGUGCAUGAGACAAUAGUCACCUGUGUGCACAGGUGCCAUGAAAAACUGACUUGCUGCAGCACUUGGCAUCAAAUAAGCAGCAUUCACAAGAAAAAGACAAUUGUUGCAAGAAAGAGCACGAUUAUUAAAAAAGAUACAAAGUCUGUUUUAGUGCACAGAGAUCAAAGUGGUCGCUGCAUUGACAAACCCUAGUGAUGAAGGUUGUGUCAUUUGGUUGAAGAACAAAUGGUUGAAUCAGAUUUAUAUCUAUUUAUCAUAUCAAAACAUACAAUGAAUGUGCUGUUUGCGUCAAUAACCAACAUACCUGAGGAUGUGCUAGAGGCAGCCACAAAUGUUGCCACACGUUCCAGCGGCAGCAUAGCCUGCCCACAAUGCUUGGCAAAGCAACAGGGGACACACCGAGCAAAAAAUCAAUAGCAUCAAAACAAGCCCUAUUCCUCCCUUCCCAACACCCCCACCCUCGCACGUACAUUGCCCUCUACUCCCAAGAUAGGCUGUCUUCUUUGGCCUCCAGUGGACUCAUGGGUUUGCAGACACUGGGCCUCAUCUUGCCCACUAGACUCGCAGAUUGGUUGAAGUGAAGUACUGAAGCUGUUGUCCUUUACCUUUACUUUUGUACCCAGACGCUACCGCAGAUUAUGCUGCGCCCCUCUCCAAAUUACUGCUUCCCCUGCUAUCACAAUUUUUAUUUUGUCCUUUUCACUCCCACCUACCUCCCUUAACUUCCUGUCUAUUGUCCUUGCUUCCCUUUCCUCAAAUGUGAAUUAAUCCUAAUGGAUAUGCAUCAACUCUCCCUCUGUCUCCAUGGAAGUCUUCAUGGAAGGCAUUGUCUGAACCAGUGGAGAACAACGGAAAGAAAUGAUCAUGAGUCAAGAGGAAGCCCUGGAAUAAUAUGAAGUAUAGAACCUUCGAUCGUAUGGCACAGAAACCAUAAGGCAUAGGAGGAGAAUUGGGCCAUUUGUCAGUCUUCGUCUGUUUAUGUAUAGUUUUUCAUUAAUACUAUUGUAUUUCUUUUUUUUCUGUAAUUGCCUGCAAGAAAAUGAAUCUCAAAGUA